AUAAUUCGAUGCUUAUUGCUCAAUUGUGAAACCAGUCCUGAUUCCUCUCACUACUACCAGGCUUCUACAGCCAAACUUUGGUGCCAGGCCAAUCAUUUCCCAGGAAAAUGUGACUGCUAGGAAUUCCCCACGCAUCAGCCCCUGUCGGAGAAAACGGCAAGCUUGUGUCAGGAAGCACACGAACGCUGCAGGAGGGUAAAGCUGACCGGUGACAGUGCGAUGAUGGAGCUAUUACCGUUUGUCUCCAACUCGCACCAGGGAUAAUGUUUUUCUAACGUCGGCGUAUUUUCACGAGGACAGCCACUACUUAAAGCUAGUCAGAGGAUAUAUCCCAGCGUUCUGAUAGGAUGUGCUGAUGACAACUUCAACCAGGGUGUAGAUGCUCCAGGCGCAGCGGGACCCAGCCUCCGUGUCAGAGAGGGAAGAGGCUGCUCCCACCUGGGCCACAGCACUCCGCUGAAACUGGGCUUGUGGUCUCUCUCUCGGUGCACUAACAGCCCAGAUUAGAGAACAGGAGGAGGACGACAGGGAAGCCAUUUUGUGAGGUGCAGCAAGUCUCAGGAGCCAGGAGUAGUCAUAGCCCAGAUAUUUUAGGCUGCUCCCUGCCCUCUGAACUGAACAUGACGACUGCAAUACAGCCCAGUGAACUGGUGUUUGAAUUUGCCAGCAAUGGGAUGGAUGAAAUCAAUCAGGUUUGCAGUUAUCUCAUCCCCACAACCUUGUCUGAAGCCUGUGGAGCAGGCUUGAUUCUGGACGACCCGUCAGUAUUCCCAGCGGUGAUUGUUGAGCAUGUGCCUGCAGCCGAUCUGCUGCAGGUCUAUUCCGGCCUGGAGUCUGACGAGGUGACCAACGGCAUCAUGGUGGACACCACUCUCCAUGUCGUGGAGGAACCUUCCAUCCUGGUGGGAGGGGUCGACCUCUCAGAAACAACAGUCUCUGGCCCAGAUGACAGCAUGGAGACGAACGAAGCAGCAGCAGCUCUUCUUAACAUGGAGUCUCCAAACAACAUUUUGGACGAGAAGCGUAUGAUUCACACCUACGGCACUCUGCUGGAGUCAGACUUGACAUACGCCCCUCUGAGGCCUGACCAGAUGGAUAAUGAUGCCCUUGACAUGUCCCUAGAUGAGGACACUUCAUCCAUGGAUGAGAUACCCCAAAGGUGUCCCUUAAAACCUCAGAAAAAAACCAAAGUGCGGAAGCCGCGGGCGGUGCGUCCCUGCUCCCCUAUCACCACUCCUAACCUGCCACUCAGGAAGAAGAGCAAAGAGGGCAAAGGCAGCACGAUCUACCUGUGGGAAUUCCUUCUGGCUUUACUGCAGGAUAAGAACACCUGUCCCAAAUACAUCAAGUGGACACAACGAGAGAAAGGCAUCUUUAAGCUGGUGGACUCCAAGGCUGUUUCAAAGCUGUGGGGCAAACACAAGAACAAGCCUGACAUGAACUAUGAGACCAUGGGAAGAGCUCUCAGGUACUACUAUCAGAGAGGCAUCCUGGCCAAAGUGGAGGGGCAGCGACUGGUCUAUCAGUUUAAGGAGAUGCCAGCUGAUCUGGUGGUGAUCGAGGAUGAGGACGCAGGCUCUGAUGUCAACGUCGGCUACGGGAAUCAGAGAUCUAACAACGGGCGGUCUAUGGUCCGUGGAGGGUCCAAAGGGCACGGGAGGGCUCAUGGUCAACACCAAGUCUCAGUGAAGCAAAUGAAGAAGGAGCCUAUUGAUGAAUAUCUGUACCAGGAAGACGGACAGACCGAGCAGCUCCUUCACUCUGUCCAUAUGUUGCAGGCCAACCAUGGGUCGGCUGUCCAAGAUCAACAUAUGAGGGCCAUGACUGCUCCUGCAUCAGUUCCUAUGGUCCUGACAUCUCCCGGCUCUCUUCAGUCUGUUCCGCUCACCACGGUUAUGGCCAACGGGAACUCCUGCCACUCCUCCCCCCCUCGGGUUAUUCUCCACACCAUGCCCUCCACCACAGCAGGUGGUAAAGAUGUGCUCACCAUCCAGACGGCCUCUCUAGCAGGUGGCGCAAACAGCCUGCAGGAUGGCCUAUCUCAGCACCUCUUGGUCACCAGUAUGGGCUCCUCUGUCUCUUCCUGUUGCACUUCCCCUCCAGGAGUCAUUAGUUCCACUGCUUCUAACCUCAGCACUCUCCCUCGCCUGGUCACCAUCAACACAACGUGUGGGCAGACCAUGGUGGCACAGCAGCCAGGCACCGUAAUUGCCACUGUGCUCAAAUCCAGCGACUUCUCAGGGCUGCAUGUCAAAGAGGAGAUGCUGGACCCCAGCUACUUCCAGUCGAUGGUGAAUGGUGAUCCAUCACUGGCGGCAAAUAUCUUUGACAAAGAAGAGAUUGAGAUAGGGGAAGCAGAGCUGCAGUAUAGGACUGUGAUCAUUGAUACCAGUCAAAGCCAGGGCUAUGAGCCUGCGAGUGAAACUAUAAUGAAUGGACAUUUCUCCCAGAGCAGCAGCCCCGGUGAGGGCCUGACCCCUGUAGAGGAGCUGGAAGUGCGUGGGGAGAUGUCCCUGCAGCCUGAGCAGGGAAUCAAAGGCCUGCAGGAGCUGCCACUGUCUGUCCAAUUGCCUGCAAACUUUGUCCAGAUAAAGACAGAGCCUGCAGAGGCUUAGGGCUGCAGGACACAAGCUGAACCAAAAACAGCAAUUGAAUCCAUUUUGACCACAGACUUAAUGUUUUCUUUUUGUACCACAGUGAUCUGAUCAAAGAUCAGAGCGAGGGAUCUUGCAGCAUGUUCCUCUGGAAGGUUGGUCAGUUCAGCCUCAGGAUUUAUUGUUUACUCACAUAUUUUGUGACUAUGUGCCUAAUUUAAAAAAUCAAGGGAGUGUUUAGGUUUUCUAAAGAGUCACUUUUCAGAUUUGGGAUACUUUUCCAUAGACAUUAACACACACAGAUACAUAUACACAGAAACACAGACAACAACCUCCCCCUCCAGGAGAACAGCCAUUGGAUAAACCAGGGAUCCCUGUCUACCAAAUGUGCCAGUUAGUCAUUUUCUUACCUUGAAUCUCAUUGGACUUGUAUGUUUAAAGAGGAGAAUGCAACAAACCAAAACUGCGGACUGAAUGCCAAAUGGUGCAAUGAACUCAGACUUCUGAGAACGUGCAGGGGACGUGUGUUUAAAAAAAUAAAAUAAACAACAUAAGUUUGGAUGCUGUGUCACAGUGUCCAAUCUGGAGAAAAAGGAAUACACAGAUCAGAGUUUAAUUGAAGAGUGCCUUACAGGAAGUUCAUACAGCUCAAGACUUUUUUGUGGAAACGUCUGGGAAUAAGAUAAAAAAUGGACUAAAUGGCUUUUCAGACUUUUAAGAACGUAUUACUCAUUUAUUUUCAUAUAAACAAAACAGGUAUGCAUUCACUCUCCGUUAGUCCUGGCCUUAAAACACGGUGUUACUAUGGAAAUGGGCAUUUUCUGUCCACCAAGGACAGUCUCUAAAAACUGUUUGUAUAGAAUUGCAAACUGGAGGCACAGCAAGAUAGCGAGGCACAAACAGAGUGAAAGAAUACGCAGGAUAAAACAGAUUUUAUCAGCUUCUGCUUUAGAGGCUCCAUGGUUUAAAUCCUGUUGAAAUGGAAUAUAUAUGGAUAUAUAUAUAUAUACACAUAUAAUAUACAAUUGAGAUUCAAUUUUAAGGCCAUAGUGAAUUUAUUUAUUUUGUGAAUUUCUAAAUUCUGUAUAAAAAAGGCACAUUUGUCUUCUAUUUACGUGUGUAAACAUGAGGGAAAAUACAUAGAUUAUGAACCUUAAUACCAGGAAGCUUAUUUGGUAUUUUUUUUUAAGACCAACAUUUUUUAUUUGUAUAGUAUUCCAUAUAAUCAGUUUUGAGUUUUGGACUCGAGUGCUCAGUGCAGCAUAAUUAUUCCACUGUUAUAUUCUCUUAUUGUAGAUAUCCUCUGUUGUGUGUCUGAUUUGAACAUGUGCUGAAUGUGCUUUGGUUCCUUCUUUUCAACAGACAUACCUCUUUACCUUUUUCAACAGCAUUAGGGACUAUGCAUUCAAAAAGAUGUUCUGCAUAAAGUAUCAAAUGUAUCAAUCAGUAUGUCUGAAAUCAUAUCUCAAGUUUCUUUAGUUAUUUGGUACAAAGACGUACCAGUGCUGUUUUUUAAGCUCCUCUCCUCCUCUCUCCUCUCUUCCUCUCUCCUCUCUUUCUCUGGCCUAGUCUCCUUUCUUAUUCUCUUCUCUUCUUAUUUUUCUCAUCUCCACUCCUCAUCUCCUCACAUCUUCUUUCCUCUUCCUCUCCUAGUCUCUGGUCAGUCCAGUCUGUGCCUUCUUUAUUUGCUGUCCCAUUUUGUUAAGGACCGCUCAGGCUAGCCAUCCGAUUGGCCCCUCUGUCCGGCCGGGGAUGAAGCCAUAUUGAUCCUGAGUGGUAUCACAGUUAAAUUGGUUGUAUUUUCCACCCAGACUGUAGCUGCAGAGUGAGGACAUUCAGACAUACUGACCUCCAUCCGAUCUGGCACCUAAGGACAUGAGUUAAACGCUGCUUUACAACCCCUCAUCAGCCAAAGGGCUCUGGAUCUGCAAAGACACUCUGAAUGUAUACUUAUUGUUUAAGUACAUGCACAUGUUUGACAAUCAAUAAUUACACUGGGUUACAUUUGCAUAGAAAUUUGUCUUUGAGUGGGGAUUUGCCUUUCUUUUCUUUUUUUUUUGCGUUGUGUAUAUUCCCGUAUCUGCCCUGCCUUUUCCCUAAAGCUUGUUGUCUCUGAGAUGUUGAGGUAUGUCCACUGCUUAUCUUUAGUUGCUUCUAUUGUCUUGGGGUUGUCAAUUGCAUCCCUUAUACUGAAUAUAGAGUAGAUUUUUAAGAAAAAGUCAAUGUACUAAUUAAAAACAAAAUUCUCAUUACUGAAUAACCA